ACAGCAACUUUCAUCCAAUAUACAAGUAAACGUGUCGCGUAGGCGUCCAUGAACGGUUCACGGUGAUUUACUUGUUGCAAAUUUAUAUAAACUAGUGAAUACAGAUCAUACUAUGUGGGUUUUCCGAUUACUCAAAUGUGAAUUUAAUACACCCCCUUUAUCAACGAUACGCACUGUUCCGUCCACGAUUCGUUUCAUAAGUACGUUGAAGGGGAAGAUAAUCGCCAUCAGGAGGGAGGAUCAAUCGGUAUGGGAAAGAAGGGCACCCCUGGCGCCAGCGAACGUUCGUCGACUGAUUAGAGCAGGUGUGAAGGUCCUCAUACAGCCCAGCAACAGAAGAGCCUAUCCUGCCCAAUCCUACCAAGCUGCUGGUGCACUGUUGCAAGAAGACAUCAGUUCCGCCUCGGUCAUCUUCGGAGUGAAGCAGGUUCCUGUGGAUCAACUGUUAUCCAACAAAACCUACUGCUUCUUUUCUCACACAAUCAAGGCCCAGGAGAGCAAUAUGCCACUUCUAGAUGCCAUUCUCGAGAAGAAUAUACGUUUGUUGGACUACGAAAAAUUAACCGAUCUUAACGGACAGAGGGUUGUCGCUUUUGGAAAGUAUGCUGGCGUUGCUGGCAUGGUGAACAUAUUGCAUGGGCUGGGCUUGAGGUUGUUGGCUUUGGGACAUCACACUCCGUUCAUGCACAUUGGGCCAGCGCACAAUUACAGGGACUCGGCCAUGGCACGACAAGCCAUAAGAGACGCGGGCUACGAGAUAGCCUUGGGUGCCAUGCCUAAAUCCAUCGGACCCUUGACUUUUGUCUUCACUGGCAGUGGGAACGUCAGUCAAGGGGGCCAAGAACUCUUCCAGGAACUCCCCCAUGAAUACGUACCUCCAGAAAUGCUGAAGAAAGUGGCUGAGCACGGUGACACAACAAAGAUAUACGGUUGCGAGGUAAGAAGAAGGCACCACUUGGAGAGGAAAGAAGAAGGGGGUGGGUUCGAUCCAGAAGAGUACGACAAGCAUCCUGAGAAAUAUAUUUCCACUUUUAGCAAAAAGAUUGCACCGUAUGCAUCCGUGAUAAUAAAUGGUAUAUACUGGGCGGUCGACUCGCCGAAAUUGUUAACUCUACCCGAUGCGAAGUACCUGCUGAGGCCCGCUCAUACUCCAUGGUUACCAAUUAGUGUCGGAGCACCUGCUUUACCCCACAGGAUGUUGGCCAUUUGCGACAUUUCCGCGGAUCCUGGGGGCAGUAUCGAAUUCAUGAACGAGUGCACAACGAUCGACACUCCAUUUUGUUUGUACGAUGCCGAUCGUAACAAGGACACAAAGUCGUUCAAAGGGCCUGGUGUGCUAGUGUGUUCCAUCGACAACAUGCCGACUCAACUUCCAAAGGAAUCGACCGACUUUUUCGGGAAUCUCCUGUACCCCUAUGUGCUCGACAUUAUCCAGUCGGACGCGAAGACGCCCUUGGAGGAGCAUCAUUUUAGCCCAGCUGUGCACAGUGCCAUCAUUGCAUCGAAUGGACGAUUGACUGCUAACUUUGAAUACAUUCAGGAGUUGAGGCUUCUGAACAAGCGCAGCAAACACAAGGCAGACAACGUGGAAGCGCAGAAUAAAACAGUGGUUGUCUUGGGCGCAGGGUACGUGUCCGCCCCAUUGGUGGAAUAUUUACACAGAGCCAGCAACAUACGGUUGAUCGUUGCGUCGCAAUUGAAAGAAGAAGCUGACAUGCUAGCAUCAAAAUUUCCUGGAGUGGAAGCAAUUUUUUUGAACGUGCUGGAACGACCUGACACUCUAAAGGACACGAUCGAUUCGGCUGACGUAGCGGUCUCGUUGCUGCCUUACAAUCUGCAUCACGUUGUGGCGAAGGCUUGCAUCAGCACCAAGACUCAUCUGGUAACUGCCAGCUAUUUGAACGAGGACGUCAAGGCCUUGCACGACGAGGCUGUAGCAGCAGAGGUGACCAUACUGAACGAGAUUGGAUUGGAUCCUGGAAUCGAUCAUUUAUUGGCCCUCGAGUGUUUCGACAGUGUGAAACAAGCUGGAGGUAAAAUAGAGUCGUUUGUUUCCUGGUGUGGUGGCUUGCCUUCCCCAGAGUGUUCUUCCAAUCCUUUACGAUACAAAUUCAGUUGGUCCCCUCGUGGAGUGUUGCUGAAUACCUUGGCAUCUGCGAGAUACUACGACGAGCAACAGGUAGUCGAUGUUCCUGCAGGCGGAAACCUAAUGACGCAAGUCCAGGACUUGGACUUCCUCCCUGGGUUCGCUCUGGAGGGCUAUCCGAAUCGAGACAGUACAAUUUACAAGGAUUUUUAUGGAAUUAACUCUGCCAACACAGUAUUACGUGGUACACUGAGAUUCAAGGGGUUCUGCAACACCAUAAGAUCGAUGCAGUAUCUGGGACUGAUCGAUCCCAAUCCUCACCCUAGCUUGCAUCCAAAUGGGCCCGAUAUCACAUGGAGGAUGCUGGUAUGCAACUUACUCGGCCUAGCAAAUGGUAACAUCUUCUACGGGAACCUGAAGAGGAAGCUGGCGGAGAUGUUGAACUCGGACGAAGCCGUGCAAGCGAUCGAGGACUUGGGCCUUCUGAAGGAGGACCUGGUGAUGAAGAUGAACACCCCCCUGGACACUCUUACUUAUUACCUCUCGAAGAAGCUCUGUUACGAGGAGAGCGAGAGAGAUCUUGUGAUUCUGAGACACGAUAUUGGCAUCCUUUGGCCUGAUAACAGGAGGGAGAAGAGGGGGAUCAAUUUGGUCCUGUAUGGAGACGUCAAAGGACAUUCUGCCAUGGCUCGUACCGUUGGCUAUCCAGCCGCCAUUGCUGUGAAAAUGAUUCUCGAUGGUGAGAUUCAACAAAGAGGAGUGGUCCUUCCCUUCACAGCAGACAUUUAUCGACCACUGCUCAAUCGCUUGAAAGCUGAGGGCAUCGAAUUUUUCGAAACGUCAAAGUGGCUGUAACUUAUUUCUACUACCAAAUUAAUUUUACGAUCUACGAAUAUACUUUGAUAAGGAACGAAUAUUUUAGCGAAUAUUUUACGUAGACUGUUGACAAAUAUAUUGUUGAUAAGUUUAGAGUCAGCGAUCAACUUAUUUAUGUUUAUUAUGAUACAGUAAUAGUACAAUUAUACUAUAGUAUAAUUUCAGUAUACAUUAUACAUAUAGUGGUAGUGCUAAGAAAUAUCGUUACCGAAUUUAUAGAAUAUGAAUUUGUAAAAAUCGCCAUGGUGUUCAUCCCUUCUCGAAUUAGAAUGAAUUUAAUUAAAUUAUCAGAUACAAUCAAUA